CCCGGGAUCCCCCCAGACGCCCGUUGCCGGGGAGCGGCGGCCGGGCCCGCAGGGCUGGAGAGCGGGCGGCGCAGAGAGGUUCCUGUGGGAGACAGCGGGACUUCAGGGCUCCCAGCCAUGCAGCAACGGGCCCUGCCCCUACCGGCCGGCCCCGGGCCUGAAGCGGAGCCCCUGCGCCUUCUCUCCUCAGUGGCUGCCCGCCGACGUCUGACCGUGCAUCCCUGACCCCGGGCUUCACCGGCAGCGCCCAGCGGGAGUUGUGUCCUAGGGCCUCCCGGGGCCGGGGGGCUGGGCUGUCCACGUUAGCGGGCCUGGGCCGCUCAGAGGCAUCUCCCCCGCAGCCUGCCGCUCAGGAGCAUCUGCAGCCUGAAGACAGAAUGCUCAAGGGACAGCUUCCAAACACGGGCAGAGACCUCGAAGCCCACCCAGGGUCCCCGCCUACCAACAACGGUCAGGGCCCUGAGAAGAGCCCAGUGCUCCCUCUGAACCUUCCAGCACAAAUCAGCAAUGAGGACCCACAAGCCAAGGCCACACCCUUUACCCCAAAGCCGCCGAUGAGGCCCCGGCUGGAGCGAGCUCUGUCACUGGACGAGAAGGCAUGGAGGAGGCGGCGUUUUCGAACCAGCCAGGAGGACCUGGCCGCGCGCAGUGGGGCCAGCCCCUCUAGGGGCUCCUUGCAGGACGAGGUCCCCAGGCCCCCUAACCACACUGACUCCCCACCCUGCCUGAGCACCUCCUUGCAGGAAAUCCCCACAUCCCGCAGGGCCCAGGGCAGCGCCGGAGGGAGCCCCUCCUCGUGGGGUCACUGUCUCUCCGGAAUGAUCGGCAGUUCCCUGGACCUCCUGCACCGGGACGGGGCCUUGGCUGGGAGCCCCAGCAGGCUGCCGGCUGUGGGCCAGAAGGUGGCCUCCAAUUCCCUGCGGUCAGCAGACAGGGUGGACUUGGUUCAGACUGACUGCAAGCCCCGCCUGCAGAGCAGACUGUUCCGGGCCCACAGCAGCCUGGGCCCCGGCCGGCCCCCAAGCCCCCUGGCCUGUGAUGCCAAGUCCUCCUUCAGCCUCCUGGCGCCCAUCCGCGCCAAGGACGUCCGGAGCAGGAGCUACCUGGAGGGGAGUCUCCUGGCGAGCGGGGCCCUGAUGGGGGCAGAGGAGCUGGCCCGGUACUUCCCAGACCGCAACAUGGCCCUCUUCGUGGCCACCUGGAACAUGCAAGGCCAGAAGGAGCUGCCCCCAAACCUGGACGAGCUCCUGCUGCCCGCCGAGGCCGACUACGCCCAGGACCUGUACGUCGUCGGGGUCCAGGAGGGCUGCUCCGACAGGCGGGAGUGGGAGACGCGCCUGCAGGAGACGCUGGGCCCCCGCUACGUCACACUGUACUCCGCGGCCCACGGGGCGCUCUACAUGUCCGUGCUCAUCCGCAGGGACCUCAUCUGGUUCUGCUCAGAGGUGGAGAGCUCCACGGUGACCACGCGCAUCGUAUCUCACAUCAAGACCAAGGGGGCCCUGGGCGUCAGCUUCACCUUCUUCGGCACCUCCUUCCUCUUCAUCACGUCCCACUUCACCUCCGGGGACGGGAAGGUGAGCGAGAGGCUGCUGGACUAUAGCAGAACCGUCCAGGGCCUGGCCCUGCCCAGGAGCGUGCCGGACACCAGCCCCUUCCGCUCCGACGCUGCGGAUGUCACCACCCGGUUCGAUGGGGUGUUCUGGUUUGGAGACUUCAACUUCCGUCUGAGCGGUGGGCGCGUGGCUGUGGAGGCCAUCCUGAAGCAGGACCUGGGAGAGAAGGUGUCUGUCCUGCUCCAGCAUGACCAGCUCACCCAGGAGAUGAAGAAAGGGUCCGUCUUCAGGGGUUUCCAGGAGCCGGACAUCCACUUCCUUCCAUCAUACAAGUUCGACAUUGGGAAGGACUCCUACGACACCACCUCCAAGCAGAGGACCCCCUCUUACACGGACCGGGUCAUGUACAGAAGCCGCCACAAGGGUGACAUCUGUCCCAUCAAGUAUUCCUCCUGCCCUGGCAUCAAGACGUCUGACCAUCGCCCCGUGUACGGCCUGUUCCGGGUGAAAGUGAGGCCGGGGAGAGACAACAUCCCGCUAGCUGCCGGCAAGUUUGACCGAGAACUGUACUUAAUAGGAAUUAAAAGACGGAUUUCCAAAGAAAUUCAGAGACAGCAGGCACUGAAGAAUCAGCACUCGAGUACUAUUUGUACUGUUUCUUGAGGUCUGCCCGAGGACCUCUGGCACCUCCACCGGGAGGUUACUUGAUCAAAAGCCCCUAAAGACGGAAGAGGUUGCUGUGUGGGACUUCUCCCCCUUUUUGGGCUGCCAACAAACCACUGCUCGAGACUGACACGCUUUCUGACCCAGAACCCCAUGGGGAGGCCAGCAGACCGGCCAAGUGAUACCGAGGCGCCAGUGACCCCGCCCGGAACGACACCAGCCACGCUCAUUUACAGCACGUCCCGGCAGGCCCCACGCCGGCCACACGCGCGGUCCCGGGGGGCAGGCGUCUGGGUGGGGCGGGGCCUGGAGCCGCCCGCUCACCCAGAGCCGGGGCUGGCAGCCCCCCAGCAACCCCUCCAGUGCAAACUGGGAGGUGCCCUUCCCCCUCUGAGCACAGCGGGCCCGGUACCAAAGACGUAAGCUGCUCAGGGUCAGGCGGCUGGGUGGUGGGGGGGUGGUCUCUGUCCCACCGGUGCACAUGAGGACCAAGCCCAGGCCCGGCUGGUCAGGCCAGAGCCAGCCGACUUCCAAGGAGGGAACACAGUCCCGCUGGGACAAGGAGGCCUGGCCUGUUUUCAGGGCCACCUCUGAUCUUGGGGGGCUGGCCCGGCCCAUCCAGCCAUGAAGCCACCUCCCUGUCCUCUUCUGGUUUUGGUGAUUUAAGACUGUUUGCAUACACAUGGCCAGCCUCAAACAGCAUGAACAUAAGUAGCGCACUUCCUGGCCUGAGAAAGCAGGGGAAGCUUAGGGUGUCCCCACCACAUUCCGGAUCUCUUCUUUCUUCGAGGGCUGAGCGCGUGAUCGCCCACGAUGGCUUCUAAAGACAGGCUCUGAAUGUGGGAAAACCAAGGGGCACUCAAUCUAGUCUUUCAAAUUAUUUAUUUUUCCAUAUUUAUAUUUUUAAAUAAAUCCAUAUAUUAAAUCUUAAGCUCUUUCUGGCCAAAGAUUGAGUCCUAGAAAGAGAUCAUCUGUACACUCAGCCCAUUCUCCUGAUGUUCUCAGAAAACAAGGGUGUCCAGUUCAAUGGCAGGAAGUUCGGGGUACACCGUGGCUCCCCGGGGCCACCUGCUCUGCACCCAGCUGCCACCCCAACCAUGGGGCUGGCUGGAGGGGGGCUUUUAAGGGAGAAGGGGACACCCCAGACCUGAGUGGAGGAAAUGAAGUCACUUCCACAGGGCAUGUGUACCCCCUUUAUUAGUGCCAACUUCCACAACACGGAGCCAGGCACACCCGGUCUCUGACACAGAGGGGAGAGUCUGUUCAUGAGAAGGUCCAGUCAACCCCAUCGGACUUCAAGAAACGAGAUUGUAUAAAAUUUUACUCAAAAGAAA